AUGUUCUUUUUGCCGCUCGUUUGCAGCUUUCUUGCUGCUCUGCCUACGCCAUCUCAUGCGUCCAGUCGCUUGGCAACUGUUGACCUCGGUUAUGAAGUCCACCAGGCUAUCUCUUUCAACGAGACAACUGGCAUCCUGAACUUCACCAAUAUCCGCUACGCUCAGGCUCCUACAGGGUCUCUCCGCUUUCGCGCACCGCAGCCUCCGACUGGACGCGAUCCCGAAAUCCAAACAGGCGAGCAAGGACGUAUUUGCCCACAGGCGAUGCCUGAAUGGUUUGCUAUCACUCAAGAAUUCGUUUCAGCAUAUGCUGCAGGUAACCAGGCAACUUUCAACUAUACCAAUGCCGAAGAAAUAGCGCGUACUGCCCGGGAACAGAGGGAAUGGCCCGCUCCGUGGGCUAACCCAAACAACCACACGACCGAAGAUUGCCUCUUCCUGGAUGUUGUUGUUCCCAAAAGAGUGUUCGAGAGUGCUAAAAAUGGUACGUCUGCGACUGGAUAUAAAGGGGUGCCUGUUCUAGUAUGGAUUCACGGAGGCGCAUACGCUGUUGGGAACAAGAUCUACGACAACAGUGCCGACCCGACCGGCCUUAUUCGAGCUAGCCAGGCCGACGGAAGUCCCGGCAUUAUCUACGUGAGCAUCAACUACCGACUAGGAGCACUUGGAUGGCUUGCUGGGCCAUCAUUGCAAGCUUCUGGUGGAGUAUCAAACGCUGGUCUCCAGGACCAGAGGCUCGCCCUGGAAUGGGUCCAAGAACACAUCCACUUGUUUGGAGGGGACCCUGAGCAAGUGACCGUUAUGGGAGGAUCUGCGGGAGGAGGAAGCAUCGUGCAUCAUAUCACGGCAUACGGAGGGCUGAAACCUGCCCCUUUUGCGAGGGCAAUUCCCCUGUCGGCCGGUUGGAUCCCUGUAACCUCUCAGUAUGAGCAAGAGAACUCUACGAACAGUUUCCUGCAGUUUCUCAACGUGACUACUGUUGAGGAGGCACAGAAUUCAUCAACGGAGGAAGUCAUCUUGGCCAACGCUAAGGCAGUCGGAUCGUCCAAAUGGAUUUCAACAACUUAUGGUCCCGUCAUCGACGGAGGUCUCGUGCCGGCAUUGCCCGGAAUUUCUCUGCUCAAGGGCGAGUUUGAUCGCAACGUCUCAGUUAUGACGGGCCACGCCGCCAACGAGGGCGCAAACUUCUCCCCACCCUUCGUCGAAACAAACGACCAAAUGGCCGCAAUGAUCCGCGAUGCAUGGCCCACGAUAGAGGAGCCUAUUGUCAGUUACAUUGUCGACGAACUCUACCCGGAACCGGGUGUCAAUCGCACCAUGCUCUAUGUUGCCGAGCUGGGUUUCGCAUGCAACGUCAACUACCUGGCUCGGGCAUUCGGGAACAACACCUACAACUACGAGUUCCGAGUACACCCAGGUGUUCAUGGUUCUGACUUCCCUUACGCUUUCUACAAUGGUCCAGAUGAGGUGGAAGGUGGUAUUUAUGUUGGCAGUCUCGGGCCUGUCAUUGUGGAUGUCGCUCGUACGCUGCAGGGCUACAUUGUCAACUUCGUUAAGUCUGGUAACCCCAACGGGCUUGGCCUCCCUGAGUUCCCAGUCUCGGGCGCUAACGCAGACAUGCUGGCGUUCAACAACAGCGGCUUCACUUUCACGCCCGGCGAACCCACCGACACUUCCACUGACGCUUCUACCGCCACGUCCGACCCAGUCCUUCCCAGUGACUCUGCAACCUUGACUGAAUCUAGCUCGACCGGCACGUCCGAGUUCACGUUCACAUCCGCGUCCGGCGAAUCCACUGCCACUGCCACUUCCACCGCCACAACCAAUCCCCCUCUUAUCACUGUCGAAGGCAACAUCUUGAGCAAUCUCGGCUGCUUCGGAUCUCCGUCUGGCCACCCGGGCUUCAACCUGACGCUGACCUCCGCGCUCAUGACCCUUGAGCUCUCCGCUGCUGCUUGCCCCACCACCAUACAGUACGCGGGUGUCGUAGGAACCGAGUGCUACUGCGGAAACGUCGUCGACAGCACCAAUGAGGUCAACGUUGCCGAGGCCCAGUGCGACACACCCUGCCCUGGCAACCCCGACCAGCGCUGCGGUCAUGCCGUUACUCCCUCCGGAUCUCGCCUCAAGCGCCAGCUUCUAUCAGUUGAGAUCCGCUUGACCAUCUUCGCCCGUGUUGUUGGCGACAUCUCCAGCACUAGCUCUGGCGCCUCUGGUACUGCUACCAUCUCCGGCUCCAUCUCCGGCUCUAGCACCGCUGGUGUGAAUGCAAGCACCGUUACCGCCACCUUCACAACCACCGCCGUCACUACUGUCGGAACCGCUGUCGUCAGCGGUGUCCAGACUAUCACGACCACAUACUGCCCGUUGUGCCAAGACUGCAUGGGUCCCUUCUGCUACAAGCCGAGCCCUUGUGUCAGUGGCAUGUGUUUCGGCCAGCUCUGCAUCGAUGGUGACUGCUGGAAGAGAUUCAUCUCUUACGGCGGCUACUGUGGUUAUGACUCCGGCUGCUCUGGUUCUCAAUGCCAGCGUCGUCUUGUCUGCUACGACGGCGUCUGGUUCCCAGACGUCUGUGAUGGAUACGACUGCGGGCGCAAGAUUGUCUGCACGAACGGCCAGUGCGAGUACGCUACUCCGGGAAGCAAGCAUUACGAUGAGGUGGUUGUCUGCUACGGAAACAACUGCGAGGUCCAGAAGUGCAAUGGAGACGCCUGCAACCAGAAGUACGUCUGCACAGAUGGCUCCUGCGGAUUCCAGUCUGGCUCUGCAUCUGAGGCCGGUCAGAAGUAUGUGUGGAAUGGUAGUACCGGCAAGUACACUCUCGACGAGGGUUGCAAGAGCAAUUGCCCUCAGCCUCUGGCCCCCGUCCCUGUUGGUCCCUCUCCGGGGCCUGGUGGUGCUCCUUCUCAACCUACUGCCGGUGGUGCGGCUCAGCCGGGUCAAUCUGGUGUUCCUCAACCCGGUCAGCCUGGUUCUUCCUAG